AUGACGGUAUAUCAAUCCUCGAGUUCUCUACAUCUAGCCGUCUCACAUAGCGAAUUCUACUGUGGACCAGUCAUUCAAGAGCUUCUUCGAGUGACGGGAAUGCGUCUCGCCUUUUUCCUGGUCCUGAUUGUGGCUACUUUGAUCGUGAUCUGCGAGGGAUUCACCAGCGCUGAGCAACCCACCGAACUCACGGCCGUCGCUACCAAACUCAGAGGGAAGCACAGACCAAGCGAUGCUGCGGAUGAAGAGAGAUGGGUUGCCCAUUUCUGGCACAAGCCUUCGGAGAACUCAGCGCCCUACGUCGAUGUGAAGCGCGAGACGACGCCUUUGAAGUAUAAUACGCUUUUUUCUGUGCUUGCUGCUGGUUUAGUGGCUGGCUUAGCUGUUGCUGUUCCCAAGAUCGCAAAAUUGAUUUCCGGCUCGUCAGACUGA